CCCGACUUGGUCGUCGCAGGCAGUCUAGUGCUCUCCCCUGUGUGCGACCAUCACUAUUGUUAUGUUAUUUGACAGCUCUCGUUCUUCAGCUUAGCUUGAUUAUUAUUUAUUUUUAAAGCGGUCCGUGCACAUGAACCGGGGCAAUGGGCGCAUGUUUGAUCCCUUAAGGCCGUCAUCAUCAUCACCAGAAACGUUGGAAAUGCCACCUACAUUGAACUCGACAUCUUCUGCUGCCGAUAUCGAUGGACGACCCGAUAUCUUGUAUGAGGCCGCAGAUAUAGAGGACGAGGAGCCCAAAGACGUACUAGGCUCGGACAACGACCGCAGAGCGCUAGUCAGGCUAGCCUUUUCGUUCUUCCUAUUCGGCCUCAUUAACAACGUGCUCUAUGUAAUCAUUCUGUCGGCUGCCCUCGACUUGGUCCCCCCCUCCACUCCAAAGGGAAUAAUUGCGUUCUGCAACAUUGCACCCGCACUCGUUGUCAAGGUUGGCUGGCCGUACGUCCUGAAAGGCCGUAUUCGCUAUGCUAAACGUGUCAUUGGCUGCUGUCUUCUUAGUGUAUUGGGAAUGAUUGUCGUGGCCCUUUUUGAUUCUUUGUCAAUGAGGCUUUUAGGCAUUAGUCUCGCGUCAUUCUCGUCAGGCUUGGGGGAGUUGACCUUUCUCCAGCUUUCCACCACUUAUACUCCCCCGUCCAUCGCUGGACACAGCGUAGGGUACUUUGCUUCGGGUACUGGAGCAGCCGGCUUAGUCGGGGCCUUUUUGUGGUGGGAGCUUCGCGGCUUGGGUGUUCGCAUUGGCGUCGGACUUUCUUCUGUCUUGCCAUUCAUCAUACCACUGACUUUCUACUUACUUCUUCCUCCUAAUUCUGCUUUUUUGCCGUCCUCAUCCUAUGAUGACGAUGAUUCCACCUAUCCGAUAACGUCAACACUCCCUUACACACCAUUGCCUACGGAAGAGGAUGCCGCUGAAGGCGAAGGCAGUUUACUUUCAGUUCCGAAAAGAGUAUCCUUAUCCCCAAAUGACAAACUACAACUUGUCAAGCCUCUCUUGAUAAAAUAUAUGUUGCCACUAUUCUGUGUCUACACGUUUGAGUAUACUAUUAAUCAGGGCAUAGCUCCUACUCUUCUGUAUCCGGUUCCCUCUCCUGACAAAUAUACCGUUCUGAGCAAGAUCAUACACUCAGUUCGCGACUACUACCCUCUUUGGCAGCUCGUUUACCAAACAACUGUUUUCUUUUCUCGCUCUUCGAUAUCAAUAGGAAUUCCUCCGCUACCGGCUCGGCUACUUUCUUUGCCUUCUAUAAUACAAUGCUUAAUACUUCUUACGCUGGCAUACGAAUCUGCCGUAGGUUUCUAUUCUGAUGAUUCAGAAGGACUGAGCAUAAUCACCGUGUUCCUCCUGGUGAGCCUAGAAGGGAUAUGCGGCGGCUUGGCUUACGUCAACGUCUUCUACCGUGUCAACCAAGAGCGUCCGGACCCAAGCUCAGCCAACGACGUCGAGCGAACGCGUCAAGAACGCGAAUUCAAGAUUGGCUCCAUUGGUUUUGCAGAUUCAUCUGGAAUUCUGAUUGCUUCGCUUGUUGCCGUUCCUACUGAAGUUAGAUUAUGCCGGGCACAAGUCAACAGAGGGAAACUGCUGUGUCAGGGUCUGUAAUAUAAUUUAUCGGAAAUUUCCU